UAUUUUUUGAGGCGCAACAAAUAUGUCGUAACUGUCGCAAAUAAAUAUGAGGAAAAACUGCCCGGUUAUUGUGGCGGGGUCGGGAUUUGUAGUGUUGUUUACGGGCAUAAUAUCUUCGUGGUACGUAUUUCCGGCUAUCGUCGGAUACGCCAUUAGUGAAAGAAUCGCAUUGAAGGAAGGAAACGAAGUUUACGAAAUUUGGAGGAAACAGCCGUUCCCGCAAAAAAUGAAAAUUUACUUUUUUAAUGUAACCAAUGCGGAUGACGUUCAGCAGGGGGCUGCGCCUGUAUUAAAAGAAGUUGGUCCUUAUGUUUAUGAUGAAUACUGGGAACGAGUAGACAUUACCAUAGACGAUGGCACCGAUACGAUCAAGUAUAUGCUAAAGCGAAGCUUCUUCUUCAACCAAAAAGAAUCAGGAUGCAGAAUGGAGGAUGAUCCGAUAACAAUGGUGAACGGAGCUUUAGUGAGUACGGCACUUCAGGUCUACGCGAUACUGCCCUCGGCAAUUGCGAUGGUGAACGACGCAGUCCCCUACCUCUACAAGGGGGCAAAAGACGUUUUCAUCCGCGCUCCUGCCAAAGAUAUACUGUUUGAUGGAAUUUUAAUCACCUGUCACGACCCUGAAGUUGAAUUUAUAUGCAGCGCAAUGAAGGGGAUGCUCCCACCGACUAUUGAGUUUACCAACGGCGGGACUGACUUCAAGUUUUCACUGUUUGGUUACAUGAACAAAACUCUAGCCGGCCCGUUUGUGAUUGGUCGCGGUCUCAAGAACACAACUAGGGGUGACAUACUGUUAUACCGUGAAUCUAACAGCUCUCUAGUAUGGCCGGGACCUGGAUGUAAUAAGAUUAACGGAAGCGAUUCCACCUUGUUUUACCCACUGAAGACGCCACCCGAAAGAAUUUACGCCUACAGUCCGGAUAUUUGCAGGUCCAUGUUUGUAAGCUUCGAAAAGUACGUCGAUUACGAAGGAAUUCCCACUUGGAAAUACAGCAAUAGACCAGAGUCAAUAAUCAAAAACUCCGAAAACGAGUGCUUCUGUCCACUGGCCAAAAAUGAGGACUAUAACGAUGUCACCAAUUGCCCAGAAAAUGGCUUGGUUGACUUGACAUUCUGCCUUAAGGCUCCGAUAUUGGUCUCGAACCCUCAUUUCUAUCUAGGGGACUCGUCCUUAACCGAAUUUGCGCGCGGAGUAAACCCGGUGAAGGAAUUGCACGAAAAUUUCAUGUAUUUGGAGCCGAUUACAGGAAAUCCGGUAGCAGGCGCCAAACGUUUGCAGAUGAAUGUUCGAUUAAAACGAUUUGAAGAUUUUGAGUUACUCAACAAUGUGAGCGAAGGAGUUUUCCCAAUGGUGUGGUUGGAGGAAGGUGCGCUGAUCCCGCCGGAAUAUCGAAAAAUGAUGAGCGCAGGCCUUUCUCAGCUUGCAAUGUUAGAUGUAAUCAAGUGGAUUUUCAUUCUUACUGGAAUAUUGUUGAUGGUACUUUCAUUUGUACUUGUUAUGUAUAAAGAGCGUCUAAUGUGCUUUGCAAAUUCUGCAUUCGGCAAUAAGGUGUCGAUAACAGACGUCAAGAGCCACUCCCGUGCAGGAUUUGCAGAUCCAGUCACCGAGAUUAAUUUUAAUAACACUUCUAUGUAUCCGUCUUUAUAUCCACAAGUGAACGAACAAAAAUUUAAUGACAGAGUCGUUAGGAGAAAUAAUGCAAACCCUACGAUAUUUCAUGUUACAAAUUGAGCUCUGCAACUGCACCAGUGUCUUAAGUAACACAUACCAUAUACCUAGUUCAAAAAUAAAUAUAGAAUAAAGUAUUC